AUGGAGAAGUACUGCGUAGAGGCCAUUUUGGGGGAAGGCGGCUUUGGCCGCGUUUUCAGUGCCAGGGAACGUGGUCAGGACGGCCAACGCCGUGCCAUCAAAGAGGUCCACCUGGAUCCCCUAGCCGCCAGGGAGGCAGAAUUCAUGGGCCUCUUUGACCACUGCAACAUACUACCGCUCAUCGAGACGUUGGUGGAGCCCCCUCACUUAUACCUGGUCUUGCCGUUAUGUGAGGAGGAUUUGGGGACCUUCCUCGCCCGCAAGGGUCCGAGGAGGGGCCCCUCAUCCUUCUUCCGGGUGGCCCGCCAGAUCGCCGUGGGCCUCGCCGAAUGCCAUCGGCACGGCGUGGUCCACCGCGAUCUGAAACCCGGUAACGUGCUAAGACGGGGGGCUCGGUUCAUGCUAGCUGACUUCGGAGUGGCCGAGCAAAUUACACCGUGCCGACCACUCCUGACAGAGUUGGCUGGCACUCCAGUGUACUGGAGCCCGGAACAACACCGCCGGGAACCGUACAACACCGCGGUGGAUCUAUGGGCCUUAGGGAUCGUGGCCAUGGACGUGGCCACGGGCCGGCCCUGCCAAACCGACGGACAGGCUACGGAGCACUGGGCCUCCUCCCCAGGCGAAGAACGCCAGAGGGAGUUGGCCCCUUCUGCACCCGUCCGUGGUCUGGUUCAUCGAAGGGCUGUUGAUGGACGAGCCGUCCCUCCGCCGCUCCGCCGACCAGUGGGAGUGGCCGGCCGUCCAUCUGUCCACCGUGGUGGACCUGGAGACAACCCCAGCACCACCGUCCGAUGGUCCGUGGAUCGUCCGCCUGCCACCGGACCUGGCACACCGAUUAAGUACCGCACCGCAACCCCCAGAAUGGACCCGGAGCCUAAAGCGGAAAGUGAGGGCGCUCCUGCCGGGAGGCAGGGGCGGUCCGCGAGCCCGACACCACUUUAG